AUGAAGUCAGACAUUGAAGAGCGCAAAGGCGUUGUCGUCGAGGAGGUGCAGCUCCACGCUAGUCUGAACGACUCAGACGAAAGUAUCGAGAGUAUCGUGUAUAGGCCAACAGAUAUCGACGAACUCGCUGAUGUUCCAGUUGUAACUGAUCAGCUACUCCCUAAGUUGAGGAAUCUUACAAAACUGUUCACGAGAAAGCGUGAUGGCCAUCUUAUCGCCACUCGGAAGUCUUAUUUUGAGGACCCUGACUUUGAGGUGGCCAGACAGUACUAUCCUCCUCCCAGUUACGAAAAUUACAAUAGCUUUGAUCCGUAUUUCAGGUGGACAUAUGAUCAGGAGCGUAAACUCACCAGGAAGAUAGAUCUACGCAUUUUGACUAUGGUGUGUCUCCUGUUUUUUGCACUCAAUUUGGACCGAGGAAACUUGAGCUCCGCUGUUGCUGGAGGACUUCUUAAAGAUCUCAAACUUUCUACGGAUGAUUACAAUAAUGGCAAUACUUUAAGAUCUGUCGGAUUUAUUAUCUCCGAGAUUCCUUCUCAGUUGAUUGGAAAACGUUUUGGACCUGACUGGUGGAUUCCGAUUCAGGUCACAGCCUGGAGUCUGGUGGCCUUAUUUCAGUUUUUCAUAAGUGGGACGAAGUCAUACUUGGCAACUCGGUUCCUGCUGGGAAUUGCUCAAGGAGGAUUUAUCGCAGAUGCUGUUCAGUAUCUCUCCUACUUUUACACACGUGAUCAGAUGGGACUACGAUUGUCGCUAUUUUGGUUAACUGAUGCUGCCUCUGGCAUUAUCAGUAACUUGCUCUCAAUUGGGUUCCUGAAAAUCAAUCUCAAUGGUAAAGAAGGAUGGAGAUGGCUCUUCCUUUUCGACGGCUUGAUUACACUAGUGCUUGGUCUUGCUUCCUUUUUCUUCAUGGUUCCGGGUCCUACUCAGACAAAAACUAAAUUUAAUCCUAAGGGUAUAUUCACUAGGACUGAGGAAAAGAUAAUCACAAAUAGAUUACUCAGAGACGAUCCGUCCAAGUCAGGUAUGCACAAUAGGGAAGCAAUUACUUUCCGGCAGUUCCUGAGAAGUCUGUCAGAUUUCGAUCUGUGGCCUGUUCUGAUUUUGUCGUUCAUGUUCCAGAUUCCACAAAAUCCCAUCAAGGCGUACCUGAACAUCAAUUUAAAAGCCCUAGGUUUCGGAAAAGAUCCGAUCAUCUAUCUAAACAUCCCUAUUGAGGUGAUGACCAGUAUCACAAUCGUUUUGAUCACCGUCCUGUCGGAAGUGCUCGACGAGAGGUCUCUCGUCUGCUCUUUGCAACAAAUCUGGAUCUUGAUAGUCGUCAUUGUGGAGUACGUUCAUGUUGAUACUUUGAGUCCGUGGGCACAGUACGCGAUCAUGUUUUUCGCGAUUGGAAAUCCAUCUGCUCAGGCUAUUAUUGUGUCUUGGUGUUCGCGUUUGUCAUAUUCGGUGAGAACAAGAGCAAUUUCUGCACCGAUGUCGAACAUUGGAAUCCAGCUAGCGGGAAUAGCUGGAAGCUACAUUUAUCGCAGUGAUGAUGCACCAAAGUACCAUAGGGGAAACCAGGUGAUUAUUGGAUUAUGCUGCUUAAACAUUUCGCUUUUCGUGCUAACCAAACUGUACUACAUCAGCAGAAAUAAUUACAAAAAAUCAAGAUGGAAUAAGAUGUCUAAGGUAGAAAAGGAGCAAUACUUGGCGACCCAUAGAGAUGCCGGAAACAAAAGACUGGACUAUCUAUUUGAACAUUAA